AUAAAAAAAAUACCAUGAAUAUUCCAAAUCCCAUGGAAUAGGUAUUCAUGGUAUAUUUUUUUGUUACAUUUUUGGUUAUUUAUUUUAACAUGUCAUGAGCAAGCUACAGAGGCAGCAGAAGAUCGCAAGGAGUGGAAAUCUGUUAUUGAAGUCCUCCAUCCAACAAGGGAUAAAAGGAUUUGAAGAAGAUAUUCCUCUACAAGUGAAGGAUAAUGAGUUAGAACACGAAGAUGAGGAAGUGGCUCCCGAUACUUUGGAGGAGGCAGGGGCGCUGGAAGCCGAUGUGGGGGCUAGAUUGUCCAACUCAUUCUGGCAUGGUCUCCGAUUUUCAAACGACGAAAUACUAAAGACUGUCGGAGGCUGCCUCGAAGGUAGUCUUCUGAAACGAUUGUUGUAUUACACUGCAGCUUCGAAAGACUAACAUUAUCCAUCGGAACAUCUUGUACUUAUUUUUUCUGUUACCUGUAUUUAAAAGUACCUAAUAUAAGAAUUUUAUCUCGUU